GCCUUUAUUUGUCUGUGGGAGUGUGGGGCCCUGGGGAGUGGCCCAGGCACGCUCCGCUCCCCCGUUCACACGACUGUUUCCUCCGCUCGCCAUGGCCGCACCACCCUCCGCGAGCUCUCGCGCCUCCACGAUCUAGCGGAGCGGCUCGCACUCCGGCGGCCGGGGGGCAGCGCCGUGGUUGCCGUUUCUGCAUCCAGGAUUCUUCCGUGGGGCGCGAGCUGAUAAGGGCGGGGCAUGGGGAGGAAGCCUGAUUCGACGAAGCCACACUCCGGUGUCGGCUCCGCCUCACCGAAGACGGCCAGGAGGGCACAGCCUUCUCCAGUGUUCCUGGGCACGGCACUGUUCGUUCUAGGCUUCGUAUCACUCCUCACCGGACACAUCGUCACCGAUGCCGACUGGUCGCGGAUACGGAGCCGGUGGCGGUCCAAUCAGGUUAGAAACAACGAACCCAUUGAUAUUUGGAAAUCAAGGUAUUCCAGCUUUUACUACGGAUGCAGUCGGAGGAGCCCAAGAUUAAGAUCUGCUGUGCCGGAGAACGCUUCUACUGGUUACUUGCUGAUCGCUACUAGCGGGGGCCUAAACCAACAGCGCAUAGGGAUAACAGAUGCUGUUAUUGUUGCCUGGAUUUUGAAUGCCACACUUGUUCUACCUGAGUUAGACCAUCGCUCGUUCUGGAAAGAUGACAGUGAGUUCUCUGACAUUUUUGAUGCGGACUGGUUCAUUUCAUACCUAUCAAAGGAUGUGACUGUUGUUAAAAGGAUCCCUUAUGAGGUGAUGACAUCAAUGGAUAAACUCCCGUGGACUAUGCGUGCACCUAGAAAAUCCAUGCCUGAGUUUUACAUUGACGAAGUUUUACCAAUCCUGAUGCGAAGGCGAGCGUUGCAACUAACUAAGUUUGAUUAUCGGCUUUCCAAUGAGCUUGAUGAAGAAUUGCAGAAGCUUCGUUGCCGAGUAAACUUCCAUGCUUUAAGAUUUACGAAUGACAUACAAACUCUGGGCCAGAAAUUGGUAUGGAAGCUGAGAUUCAUGAGUUCACGAUAUGUUGCCAUUCAUUUGAGGUUUGAACCUGACAUGCUUGCAUUUUCUGGCUGUUACUACGGUGGUGGUGAGCAAGAACGAAAGGAACUGGCUGAAAUUCGGAAACGAUGGGAUACAUUACCUCAGGAUUUGAGUGCCGAGGAUGAGCGCAAUAGGGGGAAAUGUCUGUUGACUCCUCACGAAAUUGGUUUAAUGCUCCGUGCUCUUGGUUUUGGCAAUGACACUUACCUGUAUGUUGCUUCUGGAGAAAUAUAUGGGGGAGAAGAAACUCUAAAACCUCUGCGGGAACUCUUUCCAAACUUCUACACCAAGGAGAUGCUUGUUGGGGACGAUUUGAAACCAUUCCUUUCUUUCUCUUCACGGAUGGCUGCAAUUGACUUCAUUGUAUGUGAUGAGAGUGAUGUUUUUGUUACAAACAAUAAUGGAAACAUGGCGAAGGUUUUAGCUGGACGAAGGCGAUACAUGGGGCACAAGAGAACUAUUCGCCCAAACGCGAAAAAGCUCAAUGCACUAUUUCAGGCACGGAAUCGAAUGGGUUGGGACGUAUUUUCACGUAAGGUUAAGAAAAUCCAGAGGGGUCUUAUGGGGGAGCCAGAUGAUACAAGACAUGGCAGAGAUGAUUUCCAUGAAAUGCCAUCGUCUUGCAUCUGCCAAAGAAUACCAGUGAACAGAUCAGUUACGACACAAAAGGAAAACCUGGCAGCUCAGGUGAGGUAGAUACAACUAGAGAAUUCUGAGCGAUUAACUGAGCCUGGUCAUCAUGCAUUUGGAAAGUAAAUAUUUGCAAUGGUGAAAGAAAAAACGACGGAAUUUACGGUCUGGAGCAAAUGAAACAGAUGCUGACGGUACAGGUAAUUCCUGGUGGUUCACGGAUAUGAGAAACAAGUUGCAGAGUUGCAGCUCCAGUUUGUUUCACUAAUUAUUUAUCUAAAUCAAAGAAACUUCCAUGGUAAGGAAUUACUAACUCGAGAUAUAUGAUUCCUGUAAUUGUGAUGUAUACAUGACUGUUUUGAAUAUGUUGUGCAGUCAACAAUGUUGAUUCAGGAUUUUGUGCUUACCUGUAGUUUGUUCAUUUUCCACUUUUUUUUUAUAUUCUUUGAAGAUACCACUAACGACAGUGUGUUCUUGUAAAUAUUGAGCUAAGACAACCAUCUCGGCAUGCAAUUUAUUUCUUUUCUCCACA